AUGCUUUCAUCGUCAAAAGGGAAAGGAGAAGAUUACUGUCAAAUAAUGGAAAAUAAAAAAUGUAUUCUGGCUAUUGGGAGGACAGGGAACGGGAAAAGUUUUACGGCAAAAAUUUUUGGGGCAGAUGAUGCGAUAGUAUCUGAUGGCGCAGAUUCGUGUACCAAAGGAACCAUGUUAUAUACUUGUGGAGAUAAUGGUUUCCUAUACAUUGAUACGCAAGGUUUUGAUGACUCCGAAGGAGUGAAGGGUGGCGAUGCUCAAACGGCUUUAUCGAUCCUCAAAACUAUGAAUGAAAAUGGUAUCACUAAACUACACACAAUUCUUUGGUUUGUUGUUCCUGAAACUCGUAAACUUGGAUCUUUAACUCGUCAAGCAAAAUUCAUUCAAUCACUUGCUCAAUAUUAUGAUGGCAAUGUUUGGGAUAAUGUGAUUAUUGUUAUGAAAGGUGACACAUUAUCCGAAAGCCCAAUUAAAGCAGCAGAAGAAGCAUCAAAAACUUUUGAUAAAAAUUUUGCUAAAUACAAGGAUUUUCAAAAAAAUAUUAAGGUUUUUCAUAUUUUUUUGUAUGAAUAUCUUAAUCCAAAUACACGUAAAAUGUAUGAAAAUCGUUUAAAUGAUGAUAUGCUUAAUGAAAUGGGAAUUUUCAAACAAGCAGAACCAAAAAAAAUCUUAAAUCGGUAUAUUGAAUUAAUGAAAGACCAUGAUCAACAUCUUGUUACAAUUCUAUUUAAAGAAGCAAAAUGCCUAAAAUGUCCAGAAAAGAAUGAUCCAAGGUUAACAAUUUCCAAUUGUCAUGGUGAAACGGAAAGAAAACAUGAACAUCAUAAACAAGUUCAUCCUGAAAAAAUUUAUAAAAAACAUCCAUCUGGUCUUUCUGGUUACCAUCCAGGCAAUUUAGAAAAAUAUCAUCCUGAUCAGAUAAUUAAAAUACAUAAAUUUAGUUAUGUUACACCGUUCCAUACUGGCCAAAAAAUUGAAUAUCAUCCUAACGAAAGUUCAGUGCAUCCAUUAACAGCAGUAGGGUACCAAUAUGAAGCUCCUGAUUAUAACUUUUGGCCAUCAGUUACAAGAGUUGUUACAUUUACAAUUGUUAAUCCACAUAGAACUGUUCAUACUCCAAAAAUUCAUGGAUGUUGUGGUUGGGGAGAAGGUUCAGAUGGCUGUUCUUAUGCUUGUUGUAAACAAUCAAAGGGCAGUAUUGGAUGUAAAGAAAAAUAUAAUUGUUGCAAUAAUUUCGAACCUUGCAGAAAAAAACAUGAUUGUUGUAAUCAGAUAGUAGGAGCAGACGAUAAUGGAUGUGAAACAGUUUAUAAUUGUUGUCAGGGAGAAGUUAAUAGUGAAGGCUGCAGAGAUCGUUAUGAGUGUUGUAAACAAAUGGCAGAGUGUAGCAGGAAAUAUGAUUGUUGUGGAGUUGAUUUUAGUGAUGGUAAUAAGGGUUGUAAAGAAUAUUAUUCAUGUUGUGGCAUUGAAGUUAGUAACAAUAUUGGUUGCAUACUUGUUUGCAAUGGUUGCUCUAAAGAUUUAGAUUCUCCUGGUUGUAUGGAAAUUUGUAAAAUAUGUCAUAAUGAUCCUCAAAAGGGAUCUUGUGUAUUAAAUCAUUAUAAACAUGAUUUCGGACCUAAUGUUCCUGAAUCAGUUGUCUG